GGGACUCAGAAACAUAGGUAAUUAGUCAAGGUAAGGUAAGAAAAAAAACAAGACAACAUGGGACUCCAACAUUUUACUACGUGCGUUUUGUUAGCUCUUUGCAUUCUAAGCCAAGGUUUGGCAAAGGGUGCUCAUGGCUUUGCUUGCAACUGGGGAACGCGUUUAACACAUCCCCUUCCACCUCAAAUAACCGUGAAACUCAUGAAGGACAAUGGAUUCAAGCAAGUGAAGCUCUUUGAGGCUGAUCCCGCAGCACUCAAGGCUUUAGGAAAUUCUGGCAUUCAGGUCAUGGUUGGCAUACCAAAUGACCUCUUAGCAACCCUUGCUUCCAAUGUCGAUGCUGCCAUUGCAUGGGUCAACCAAAACGUGUCCUCUUACAUAUCCAAAAAUGGGGUUGAUAUAAGGUAUGUUGCUGUGGGGAAUGAGGCUUUUCUCAAAACAUAUAAUGGCCGGUUUGUUAAUUCAACCUUUCCAGCCAUCCAAAACAUCCAAGCAGCCCUUAUAAAAGCAGGAUUAGGCAGGCAAGUGAAGGUGACAACCCCUCUAAAUGCUGAUGUCUACCAAAGUGACAGUAGUCUUCCAUCAGGUGGAAACUUCAGGCCUGACAUUCAUGACCAAAUGAUCUCCAUAAUAAAGUUCCUAAGCCAAAAUGGUGGGCCUCUAACCUUCAACAUCUACCCAUUCCUCAGCCUUGAUGCUGAUCCCCACUUCCCAAAAGAGUUUGCCUUCUUUGAUGGCUCAGCUGCUCCCGUUGUUGAUGGCUCCAUAACCUACACCAAUGUGUUUGAUGCAAACUAUGACACCCUCAUCUCAGCCCUUGAGAAGAAUGGUUUUGGCCAAAUGCCUGUCAUCAUUGGAGAGGUUGGAUGGCCAACAGAUGGAACAGCCAAUGCCAACAUCAAGAAUGCUCGAAGGUUCAACCAAGGCCUAAUUGACCGCAUUGUGAAAAGACAAGGAAGCCCCAAAAGACCUUCCCCACCAGAUAUCUACUUGUUUGGAUUUAUAGAUGAGGAUGCCAAGAGCAUUGAGCCUGGCCCUUUUGAGAGGCAUUGGGGUGUCUUCAACUUUGAUGGAUCCAUUAAAUACCCUUUGAAUUUGGGUGGUGGAAAGCAACUAGUUGGUGCAAAAGGGGUGAGGUAUUUGCCAAAGCAAUGGUGUGUGAUGUCAACUCAAGCAAAUGUUGACCCUAAUGCUUUAGCUGAGAGCAUGAGCAAAGCAUGCACAUAUGCUGAUUGCACAAGCCUCUCUCCAGGGUCAUCUUGCAGUGGAUUAGACACAAGAGGCAAUGCUUCAUAUGCAUUCAACAUGUACUAUCAGGCCAUGAAUCAGCAAAAAGGUGCAUGCAAUUUCAAUGGUCUCUCUGUCAUCACUAACAUAAACCCUUCACCACCUCAAAGCUCUUGUCAAUUUAAGAUCAUGAUCGAUCUGGGGAAGCAUGAAAAGAAGUCCACCUCUUCUUCUGUUGCACCAGAGAGGAAACUACACUCAAUGGUCAUGCUGGUGUCAAGCUUCAUUUUUACUGUCAUGUUAUUGCUUUGUGUUUAGUUUUUUCGUUUGUGUUAUGCAGAGUUUCACAAGUUCAUGCCGCCAAUUUUUUUAAUUUAUUCAUUUAUUUAUUUUCCUUUCUUUGUAAUUGUUUGUAUAUUCUCACUAAUGAGUAGAUUUUCAAUCUCAUACAUGGUCAAAUGAAUGAAUAAUUGGUCUUGUUCUUCAAGUUGACUCAAUUUUUAAUC